AUGGAGAGGCCGCGGGGGCUUAGUGGUAUGACCUUUGGCGACGCCGUCAUGGACGAGGACAGGCCAAGCGCUGGUGCCCAACUGAUAUCGCCAAUGACGGCCAGGACCCGCUCGCUGUCGGACAGCACCGGCACGCCGCUGUCGCCCAGCCCGCGAAUCACGGAGGCAUCGCGCCGGACCUCCAAGGACGACAGCAGCAUCGCCCACCUGCCCCCGCCCGAGACGCCGCGACGUUCCGACCUGCGAGGCCUGUCGAUCCAGAUGCCGCCUCGCCAAUUCACUCCGCCGCCGGGGACCCCAUCCGGCUCCAGCACAAGGCCAGCCCCGUUGUCGCCCAAGCUGGAGCACUCGCAGAUAUACGCCUCUCCCACCAACCUCUUACCCCGCCGCUCCCGCGGCCUCGACUUCUCCCGCGCGGCCACCAGCCUUCACCACUCGAUCCUAGCCGAACACCCCUCACCAGACUCGUCUCCCGUCAUCACGGACAUGGCCAUGAAUAUUCCGCCUAGGCUGGGGCAGUACGGGGGAGCAGAGCAGACGUCGACGUCUCUGUGGUCCAUGAUGGGCGACCAGGAGCGCCUCAAUAUCAGCACCUCUCUUGGGAGCAACCAUGCGCCACCAUCAGACUCGUCGAGCUCGUCCGAGGAAGACGAAGACAUGGACGAGGACAUGGACGAGGCCUACGUGACCACCCCGCAGGUGUCCAAGACGGGGAUGCCCAUCGUGCCUGGCUCGCCGUCAAUAGGCAACUUCGCGAGCUUCCAGCACCGGCAACGGCACCGCAAGCCGCCCAAGAUGAAGCCACGCGGCCCUUUGGGUCUCGGAUUCAACCUCGCUUCUGCCGUCCUCUCCAAAUCGCCGCCGUCGAACUCAGCUGCUGCUCGGGCCAGACGGGAGAGCAUAAGCUGGCAAGCAAACCAGCUGCACAUUUCGUCGGGAGACGUCGAGGAAGGCGGCGCGGGAGAGGGCAGCAAUGGAGACCAGAAGGGUGUGAUGACUCGGCGAGUCGUAACGCGGCGGGGGAAUCUUUUGCCCAAAGCAAAAGCGUUUGCGCGCAUCCGGGCAGCCCUUGCUGAAGAGGGCUCACCAGCUGAAGCGGAGUUUAUGAAGGAAGCAGAAAUCGUGAAGCAAGUCCGUGAAAGCGACGUUCCCGAAACUCGUCAUCAGCCGUCGGCGGCAGACGCAAGCGCCAUGACAACGGCGCAUUCAUCACCCAACCUGACCGCCACCCAAGAGACCAUGGACGAGAUCCCGGCAGACGACGCAAUGGCCGAACUGGGCGCGGGACUGUCGAGUAGCUUCAAACAGCACGCGAUGAAGAACUCCAAGGGCAAGCAGUUUUGGGAUACAUUUUCCGACUCGAGCGGUGCAAGAACCCCUCCUCCGCCGUCAUCGUUUCUUCCUCGUGGUUCGUCAUCUGGCAUGAGCGAGGAUGCAACAAUGGACUCGCCAUCGCAAAGCGCCGCUGCUUUUUAUAACGGCCAACUGCCCAGCGCAGCCGAAAUCACGCGGCGGAUCAACAACAAGCGCCGCCGCGACGACGACUUCGACCCCACGAGCUUCAAGCGCCGCGCCGUCAGCCCCAGCAUCAGCGCGCACAACUCGCCCAUCGUGCAGAGCCCCAUGCAGCGCGACGUGAUGCCCUGGGGCUCGCGGCCAGGUAGCACCGGCGGCGACCGGGGUAGCAGCGGGCAGAGCGACUCGGGCAGCAUGGGAGGGACGCCGGCGAAUCCGCCGGUUGGCUCGACGGGGCAGGUUGGCCGGAAGGGGAGGGUCGGGAUGCAGGGCAUGGUCGAUACGAAUGAUGGCAUCAUGCGGAUGAGCAUUGAGUGA